UCCGCAAUUUUCAUGUUUUGUUACGUCAUGAUGACCAACAUUGCUUGUAGACGGACUGAGCGUUAUUGUACCUUUUUUGGUCGUUAUUAAGCGCUUUUAAAAAUAUUUGCAGCUGUUAAGUUGUAGUAAUAAUGCGUAAGAUAUAAUGCAUGACAUGUUUCAUGUUUACCGUUUAUUGAUCUUUAAAACGGCGCUGGUUUGUUAGGCAGUAAGUUACAUUAUCUAGAGGGUCAACGUGUUUUUGUGGAUUCUGUUAAACAGUAAUGUUACUACAAGUAUUAAACGGUUGAAGUCAUAAUGCUCUUUUGUUUGUUUCGAAUAUUUAAGCGAGGUGCUCCCAGCGGAAUUCAGAGAAUCUAGUUACUUCGAAAGUUUCAACAAAUACAUAUAAGAAUAAUGGCAUCACCACAGAUGAAGGAGCGCCUGUCAGGUGUUGUGUUAAACACUGUAUCAAAAGGAGCAUCUCCAGAAUCAAAGUGCCCAAUAUGCCUGGAUCAUUUCAAAAACAUAUCAUAUCUGGAUGUGUGCUUACAUAAGUUUUGCUUCUGUUGCAUCUGUGAGUGGUUGAAGAACAAAGCAGAAUGCCCUUUGUGCAAACAGCCAUUUAAUUCAAUUUAUCACACUAUUAAGUCUGAAGAUAACUACAAGAGGUUGGACCUGCGACCAACUGAAAAUGGCUCAUUUGGCAACAUGGCAGGGCAAAGAUUCAGGUAUCGCACCACGCUUACAGGCAACCACAGACCAGCACAGAGGAGAACGUCUCCUCCUCCUGACCAUGGGGUCAUAUUUGAGAGCCUGAGGGGAUCUCUUCAACAGCGGCACAACCGAGAUCUCCACAGCAUGUUAAGGAGCUUGGCAGUAAGACAAAGAAGAGACAGAGAUGGAAGAACUGUGCAAAGUCUUCACGAACAAGAAAUGGUUAAAUUCAGAAGAGCCUUGUACAGAAGAGGUGUGCGAGUCCAGAGCAUUCAGGAUGGCGGUCGUAGCAGGCAGACUUCUGCAGAGUUCUUCAGAAGAAAUCCAGCUUGUCUCCACAGGCUUGUGCCUUGGUUGAGACGAGAGCUGACUGUUCUGUAUGGCACUCAUGGUUCCCUUGUCAACAUAGUGCAGCACAUCAUCAUGACUUUGAUCACUCAACAUAACUUGGACGACCAGGCUGUUGUACACGAACUUCGACCCUUCUUGCUAUCCCACACAGAGCACUUCCUACAUGAGUUUCUUAGUUUUGCUCAGUCCCCAUUCAACAUGGAGGCAUAUGACCAGCGUGCAGUUUAUGACUUGCCUCGGCCUUCUGGAGAAGGUAGUAGUUCGGAAGCCUCUGUGAUCGCCAUCUCUGAGGAUGAAAGUGAUUCUUUAGUAUCUGGAUCCCAGGAUUAUGCCACUCCUAGUCUGACCUUAAGCCAAACAGCAUGGGAUGAUGAGACCCCAGGGCCAUCCUACUCCUCAGAGCCAUCUCAAGUAUUACCUUUCCCUGUGAGGGACUCGGAUUCUGAUAGUAGUGUAGGGGAAGCAGUAGUGUCUGUUGAUGCUGUGCCACAUCAAGACCAUCCAGCAAAUACUGGCACUAUUGCAUUGGAAGAGGAGCAUUCUGCUGGCAGUGAUGAUGACUGUUUUAUUAUCGGCUAUGUGAAGCCAGCAUCAGAAAGGACUCCAGAACUGGUCCAGCUUUCAUCUGAUUCAGAGCAUUCUGAGCUGAAUACAGAGCAACAAAGCCCUCAGAACCCCCUGCACAUUCGAUUUAAUUCAGAGUCUGAUUUGUCUCCCAGUGACACCUCUAGUCACGCAAGAAAAGAAGAUAAAUAUGGCAAAGGGCAUUAUGAAAAGGGGUCUGGAUCUAGAGAAGGAUCCUCGCACAGCAACAGGACACACUCCUCCUCUCGAAGCAAGAAACAGCCUUUGUCUAAAGAGAGCAAGCAUAAGUGGAAACGAGAAAAAGAGACAAGUCACCACACCUCAUCUUAUUGCCAUUCAUAUAGCCAUUACAGUCAAAGAGAUAGCACAAGGAGAUGUUAUACACGCUCAUCCUACACCAGCUACAGAAGUGUACAUGAUCGCUCUUGUUCUAAAUCGCAUAGUAGAAGGCAGAGCAGGGACUGCCAGGACAGAAGAAGUUGCUCAAGGAGCAGAUCUGGAAUCAAGUCUAGCUCCUCCAACCGUCAGCACAGGAGUCGCUCAAGGAGCAGAUCUAGAAUAAAGUCUAGCUCCACCAACCGUCAGCACAGGAGUCGCUCAAGGAGCAGAUCUAGAAUAAAGUCUAGCUCCACCAACCGUCAGCACAGGAGUCGCUCAAGGAGCAGAUCUAGAAUAAAGUCUAGCUCCACCAACCGUCAGCACAGGAGUCGCUCAAGGAGCAGAUCUAGAAUAAAGUCUAGCUCCACCAACCGUCAGCACAGGAGUCGCUCAAGGAGCAGAUCUAGAAUAAAGUCUAGCUCCACCAACCGUCAGCACAGGAGUCGCUCAAGGAGCAGAUCUAGAAUAAAGUCUAGCUCCACCAACCGUCAGCACAGGAGUAGCUCUUCACAUCAGACAUCACGACAUGAUGAGCAUGGCAGGAAAAAGAAAUACAAAACAAAGCAUCACGAGGAACCCUCUAGCAAAUCAUGUACUGAUUCUGUUAAAGAUAAUGCAAAAAAGAAAUACAAGGGGCAUCACAAAAAGUUCAAGAGGAAAAGCAGAAGUCCAAGCAGAGAUGACAAAUCUGAGGGUCACAGUCGAAAACAUCGCAAGAAGAAGAAGAAACACAAGCGGAAGAGCAGGAGACAUAAUGGUGAGGAGAGGGUGGGAAAAAACAGCCCUGUUCUCAUUACAAUUACUAGUGACAGUGACAGUGCUGACCCCAGUGAACCCUCAACCAGUAAUAUCUGUGCAGCUGGUUCCAUAGUCCCAAUAGCAAACAGUGCUACAGAAACUCAGCCGUUUAUGUCCAGAUUCCUAGACAUGGAGCAAGUGUCAACUGCUAGAACUGGAUGUAGUUCUGUGGGUGAUGCAGGGAAUCAGACCCAGUCAGAUUAAUGGCAAUGUCUUUGUGAGAUGGUAUGUUCAGUGUAAUUGAACUUUUCAAUUUGUGGCAAAUAAUGAUUGACAAAGGACUAUUGUUGUAAUGCCAACAUGUAUUUUCAGUGUUUUAAAAAUACAAAAAGGAUGGGUUUGAAAUGUAAAUUUGAUUUGGGGUUUCUUUUUCUUUUCUUUUUUCUUUUUUUUUCUUUUUUUUAAAGAAACAUUAGCAUUUGUGAUUUAUUUAAAAAUGUAUUUCAUUUCAAACUCUCCUAUACAAGCAAAAUUAACAGUCAUCAAUUUUCAAAGUUUAGUGUUCCUUUUUUAUUUGGCUAUGUCAAAUAAAUUGAAACGGAUCAUAAAA